GAGCAGAGAGACAGUCCUCAGAAGACUCCGGCAGCUGGCGUUCAAGCUGACCUUGAGGAGGCCGCAAGCCCUGAACAAACGGCAUCCGACGGCGCGGGAGGGCCGGCGCUGCCGGCAGCUGACGGCUUGCACGGCAGCUCCAAGGCGGUCGCGGCCGAAGAGGUGCCGAGAGGCCUUCGCUUGGUGGAUCUGCUGCGCUUGGUGAAGGACAACGCUGAGUGGCUUCAAGGCCCCACGGCCCGGGGAACGGGCCGGAAGAACAUGUACGACGUCACUCCCGAGCUCAUCAUCGCACGAUCCCCGGGCCACGAACGGAUCGUAGAGCUGACGGCAGAGGAUGCCGAGAAGAUCACGCAAUCCCUCGCCGGUAGCGACGGCGAAAAGUCUCACGGCGUCUUUGUCAAGGGCUCCCUCCAAUGUCGGGAGGGAGCCAUACUUGGAGGGGUCCCUGUGGAGAACCUGGUGAUCCAGGGAAUCCUUUGCGAGGAAGGCCCGCAGCGCAAGGAUUACUGGAACCGUGGCAGUGCUGCUCGGCUGAUGCACAUGGGCAACCCGCAUUGCCCGGCAUUACUUGCGAGGGCAAGUCGCAGGUACAGAGGUUUCGGGGAACGGCAGAUGGGAUGA